UUGCGUACGGUUGGUUUUAUCUUGAGAAAAGUCAAUAUGAGCGGGUGUGAAAAGGGCAACAUUUUGAUUGUAGGAAGUGGAAUCGUUGGACGGAACUGGGCCAUGGUGUUUACAAGUGCAGGGUACAGAGUCAGUCUUUAUGAUACUGUUCAUCAACAGGUCAUCUGCGCAAUCGCAAGUAUAAGACAGCAGCUGAAUGAAUUUGAAAGGAAUGGCAAUCUUCGAGGAAUCUUCAAACCAAAAGAACAAAUGCUCCUGAUCAGUGCCUGCAGUGAUCUUGCCCAAGCAGUAGAGGGUGCCAUUCUCAUCCAGGAAUGUGUUCCUGAAAACUUGGAACUGAAGAGGAAGGUUUUUCAAGAGUUGGAUGAACUUAUGAAUGAUGAUGUGAUUCUCAGCAGUUCUACCUCUUGUCUUUUACCUUCAAAACUAUUCAGUGGCCUCAAACAUGUUAAACAGUGCAUUGUCUCUCAUCCUGUGAAUCCAACCUACUAUAUACCCCUGGUUGAACUAGUUCCUCAUCCUGAAACACAUCCUGCUGUUCUGGAACAAACCUACACGCUCAUGAAAGAUAUUGGCCAGUCACCAGUCAAGCUGACCAAAGAAAUUGAUGGAUUCGUUUUGAAUAGAAUUCAAUAUGCAAUUAUUGGAGAGUCAUGGAGACUUGUUAAGGAUGGUGUACUGUCACCUGAAGAUGUAGACCUUGUGAUGUCUGCUGGUUUAGGAAUGCGCUAUGCCUUUAUGGGACCUUUUGAAACUCUUCAUCUUAAUGCAGAAGGGCUCAAGAGUUACUGUGAACGGUAUGACGAAGGUUUGAAAAGAGUCUUAUCAUCAUUUGGACCUGUUCCUGAAUUUUCUGGUGAAGUUAUGGAGAAAAUUAACCAGGCAAUGUCUCAGAAAACUCCAUCUGAUCCAGAAAGCCUCAAUGCUCGAAGACUAUGGAGAGACGCUCAUCUGGCUGCUCUGGCAAAGUUGAAAUCAGAUUGCAAGUGAAAUGUAUCCCUAAAGAUUCUAUCAAGAUUGAUAUCUUGUAUCUAUAACCUGUAUUACUCUGCAUCAUAAGUUGCAAUUAUAUAAAAUUACAUUAACACUAGAUUACCUGCUCAUUUAAUACCUUAUUAAAUUUUUGCAUAUGCUCAAAUAUAUUUAAAUUUAUAUUAACUUCUUAGAAAUAGCUGUAAUAGUUCAAUCUUGCCCUUCAUACUCAUUGAAAUUUUCUAGUAUAAUUUCAUCCAUUAUAAGCUGAAUCUAAGUGGUAAUACACUUUAAGCUUGUAUUUUUACGUAAAGCAGAUCAAUUUACAAAGUUGGUGAUUUCUACAUUAUACUGUAGAUUAGAAUUUUGAGCUUGAUGAUGAACUCGACUAUUUAUUCACAAUUUCUCUAAAAUUAGUAUUGUGAAAAAUAAACCCAGUUUUACUUUCUCUCUUUUGUGGAAUAAGUGGGUUCUUUUAGAUGAAAGUUUUGUGUUUUUAUUAAGCAAUAUAAUGAAUAAAGAGUUAACGUCACAGUGGCUCAUC